GCUCUAUCCCCCACCACUGGCUGGUUGCCACCGGAAGCGGCACUGGCGGCGGCGGCGACCCCGGGAGCGGCGGCGGUGCCGCCAUGAAGCGGGACGUGCGGAUCCUGCUGCUGGGGGAGGCCCAGGUGGGGAAGACGUCCCUGAUCAUGGCUCUGGUGGGAGAGGAGUUCCCCGAGGAGGUGCCACCUCGUGCAGAAGAGAUCACGAUCCCGGCUGAUGUCACACCUGAGAAGGUCCCCACUCACAUUGUAGACUACUCAGAGACAGAGCAGACUGAGGAUGAGCUACAAGAGGAGAUUGCUAAGGCCAAUGUGGUCUGUGUGGUGUAUGAUGUCACCAAGGAAGCCACGAUUGAGAAGAUUCGCACAAAAUGGAUCCCCAUGGUGAACGGGAGAGCUGAAAAGGGUGCCAGGAUCCCCAUUAUUUUAGUUGGAAACAAGUCUGACCUGCAGAUGGGGAGCUCCAUGGAAGUCAUCCUGCCCAUCAUGAACCAGUUCUCGGAGAUUGAGACCUGUGUGGAGUGCUCUGCCAAGAACCUCAAGAACAUCUCUGAGCUCUUUUACUACGCCCAGAAAGCUGUGCUGCAUCCCACUGCACCCCUGUAUGACCCGGAAGAGAAGCAGCUGAGACCUGCGUGUUCACGAGCGCUGACCCGGAUUUUCAACCUCUCAGACCAAGAUAAUAACCAGAUCCUCAGCGAUGAUGAACUCAACUACUUUCAGAAGUCCUGCUUUGGAAACCCUCUGGCUCCCCAGGCCUUGGAGGAUGUGAAGAUGGUUGUGUGGAAGAACACCACGGACGGAGUGCAGGACAACGGCCUGACGUUAAAUGGCUUCCUCUUCCUCAACACGCUCUUCAUCCAGAGGGGCCGCCAUGAGACCACAUGGACUAUCCUUCGCCGCUUUGGCUACGAUGACGAGCUGGAGCUGACAGAUGAUUACCUGUACCCACAGUUCCGCCUGCCUCCUGGCUGCUCCACGGAGCUCAACCACCUGGGCUACCAGUUCCUGCAGCGGCUCUUCGAGAAGCAUGACAAGGACCAGGAUGGAGCCCUCUCUCCUGCAGAGCUGCAGAACUUCUUCAGUGUCUUCCCCUGCAUGCCCUGGGGCCCUGAGCUCUACAACACGGUAUGCACCACUGAUAAAGGCCUGCUUUCCCUGCAUGGAUUUCUCUGCCAGUGGACCCUCGUAGCCUACCUGGAUGUGCAGCACUGCCUGGAGUGCCUCGGCUACCUGGGCUACCCCAUCCUGUCGGAGCAGGACUCCCAGACUCAGGCCCUCACAGUGACCAGGGAGAAGAGGAUUGACCUGGAGAAAGGCCAGACCCAGAGAAACGUCUUCCUAUGCAAGGUGCUGGGAGCCAGGGGCGCAGGCAAGUCUGCCUUCCUGCAGGCCUUCCUCGGCAGGAGCCUCGCGGUCCAGAGGGAGGACCCAGGAGAGCCAUCUCUCUACACGAUCAAUACCGUGCAGGUCAACGGCCAGGAAAAGUACCUCAUACUGCACGAGGUCAGUGCUGAGAUGCAGUUCACAAAGGCGUCGGACGCAGCCUGCGACGUUGCCUGCUUGAUCUAUGACCUGAGUGACCCCAAAUCCUUCAGUUACUGUGCCAGUAUUUAUAAGCAACACUACAUGGACAGCCAGAUCCCCUGCGUUUUUGUGGCCUCCAAGGCAGACCUGCCAGAAGCAAGCCAGCAGCCCGGGCUGUCCCCAGCUGAGUUCUGCUACAAGCACUGCCUCCCACCACCAUUCCUCUUCUCCUGCCACAGCCAGGGCCCGCCCAGCACUGCUGUCUACACCAAGCUGGCCACUGCUGCCACCUUCCCCCACCUGAAUGCUGUGGAGCUGGGAGCUGCGUCCUUCUGGCUCCGGGUGGCCCUGGGGGCUGCAGUCACUGCCCUGGUGGGCUUCACGCUGUACCGCGUGCUGGCCAAGAACAAGUGAGAGCUGCUCUGCGCCCCAUCCUUCCUGUGCCACCAGCUCCCUGUCCUGAACCGUGCCCCAUGAGGGCCCGCUGCUCCCUGGUGGGAAAUCCUCCUCCCCCAGCCUCAACUGCAGGAUCAGAGAAGCCAGAGUUCCCAGCACCAGCAGGAUCGAUCCUUGGCACCAGCCAGCCUCGCCCCACUGGUCCCCGGGCACCUUGCCUGUGUGGCAGCUGGGGGGCUCCUCCCUGGAAGCCAAAGGGAUCACUCCCUUCUUUUAUUCUAUUAAUGAUUUUUUAACGUUUGUUUUUAUGUUCAAACACGAGCGUUUAUCUGUCCAUGGGCUGGGCACAUCCCUGCUGCAGGGUGACGCUCCUGGAGCUGUGAGGGCCUCCAGCAGUGCCAGCACUGAGGCUGUCAGGAUUUCUGCCUGCUGCAGCAGUGCUGGGCAGCUUCGGCCCCAUAAGGCACACUCCCAUCCCGAGUCCCUGUUUCCCAAUACCACCCCAUCUGGAUUUUGGCCCAUCUGCCCUCCUCUCCUACCUGCUCGUGUGUCCCUUCCCUCUCCCCCACAACCAGUAUUCCCAGUGCCAGAGAGCACUACAUGGGCUGAGGAUGCCCUUGCCUGGCGGUGCCAUCAUGUCCUGCCGUUCCCUCUGCGGGUCCCUACCAGAGCAGGAGGCUCUGAGCAUUGCACCUCCUGGUACAACUGGAAGCUGUUUUCCCUCCAUGCCCACCUCCAGCCAGUUGGCAUUUCAGCCGGCAGGAGUUUGGGGCUGCUCCUGUUCUCAGCAUCUCAAAGAAUGAUACCAGCCUGUGCUGUCCCUGGGAGCUCCACACUCUACUGCCCCGGGCUCCCAACCCAUUUCUGCUGUGCCAGGGGGUUUCUAGUGAAAUAAGUGACACUAGCUCUUGGGCUGCACUCAGGGUAGGCUUAUUUACAGGCAGCUCAGGGCAGCACUGAGGGACAGCCCACUGCUUCUGUGUCCCUUCAUCUAUUUCAACUUGUACUGUGGCCUGGGGCCAGCGAGGAGUUGGAGAAGCCACCAUUUGUGGGUAGCAUCCUGCCAUGCUGUCCCCAUCCCAGCAGUGGCACUGUCCCCAACACUGGCUCUGUCCAGAGCUGCUUUUGCCAGCCUGGGGUUCUCCACUGCUACCCACCCACAGGGCCAUGUCCUUGGGCUUUUCAUCCCUGUUCUGUCCUGCUGCCUGCCUGGAGUGUGUCUGUGGGGCAGAGCCCUGGAGCACAGGGAUGUCCCUGCGCCCUGCGUUGCUCCAGGCCUGGCACAGCUGUGCUGUUUUAGUUUUGUUCUCUACAAUGAAAUAAAUUUUUACUCACCUUCCGUUCA